AGCUUUUUUUUCUGGUGUUACUCUUGUAGGAAAGUUCCUAUUCUUGGAAAACACACCAAGAAAAUAGUGUGUGGAGCAUGGAACUCUGAGAAUUUAUUAGCCCUUGGUGGAGAGGACAAGUGCAUCACUGUGAGUAAUGUAGAUGGAGAUACAAUCAGACAGGCUACUAUCCGUGCAGAUCCCACUGAAAUCCAGUUCAGUGAAAUGAAGACUGAUGAACGUAGCUCCAUUGGUGAGACAACGAUGAGCUUAAUAGUUGGAAAGAAAACCUUGUAUCUCUACAACUUGAAUGAUCCUGACAACCCAAUUGAGCUGGCUUUUCAGCAACGAUAUGGCAAUAUAGUGGAUUACAAGUGUUCCAGUCAGUAUGAACCUUGUUUUUUUUGUAAUGAAAAUUUACUCCUUUUUCUGUUAUCACAGGAAUUAUACCAAACAAGGGACCAUAAGGAUGAGUUGACAGGCAUUGCAAUGUCAUUGGAGCUGAAUAAAGCAGCUUCUUGUGGUGACAAUUGUGUAAAGAUACACGACUUGACAGAGAUGAAAGAGAUUUAUGCAAUAAUCACUUUAGAAGAUGCAGGAGGACACCUUGACAAGAUCUCAUGGACAAAUGAUGGUCAACUGCUUGCUGUCAGCACUCAAUCAGGCGCCAUUUAUGUCUACCUUACUAAGUUGCCUGUACUUGGAUGUGCCAGCGGUACGAGACUAUCAUAUCUCACUUCACUUAAAGAGGUGACAAUUGUGGAUAACGUGAUGCAGGAACGACCUCUGAGUGUGGAUAUCAUAGUCGAACCAAACUUUGUAGCUCUCGGACCAUACCAUCUGGCGGUUGGCAUGAAUAACCGUGCAUGGUUUUACACAUUAGCAGACAAAGGUCCUGAGCAGUUGAAAGACAGAGAAUACCUGGGUACUGUUAAUACUAUUCAUCUCAAUGCUGAUUAUGCUGCUGUCCUGUUUGAGGGCAAAGUCCAACUUCACUUGAUUGAAGGUGAAGCUCUGGAUGCGACAGACGAGAGAGAGACCAGACUUUUCCCAGAUAAAGGCAAUCAUGGAAGAAUAACAUGUUGUGCUUUGACUUCUGACUUUUUAAUUUAUGGAACUGAUAAUGGAAAUCUGUUCUAUUUCUUCCUCGAAGACUGGCACUUUGUGAAUGAAUUCAGACAUGUAGUAGGGAUCAAAAAGAUCUUUCCAGAUAUCAGCGGGACUCACCUUGUGUUCAUCGACGAAAAGAGUGAUGGAUUUGUUUACAAUCCAGUCAACGAUGCUACCUUUGAGAUUCCCAACUUUUCUCCUAACAUCAAGGGCAUUGUUUGGGAUAACUGGCCUUUAGAUAAGACCUCUAAGCUAAGUCUUACAACACAUCUUUUUCACGAAAAGCCUCAGGAUCUCCCUCAAUCAGAUUUACAAACUUCGUUUAAUCACUGCCUGACAUUAAAACGAUUUAAGGACGCUUGGGGACUGGCUCGGAUCCUGGACACCCGAGACGCCUGGGUCGAACUUGGCAAAAAAGCUACUUAUCAUUUGGACAUUGAACUUGGUGAGAGGAAUGAAGGGAACAGAAAUAUAGAUAGCGACGAAACAUGGCUGUUUAUUGGAACAGAGGACAAAAGUCUCUUGGCGGGUUACGUCGCCAUGUUUCUUGAAGAGUACAACACUGCACAGGAUCUGUUUCUUGGAUCAGCGUUCCCGUUAGCUGCACUCGAGAUGAGGCGAGAUCUCCUUCACUGGGACCAAGCCCUUGAACUGGCCAAGAAUUUAGCUCCCGAACAGAUUCCUUACAUUUCAAGAGAAUACGCGCAGCAACUUGAGUUCACCGGUGAUUACAGUAAUGCCCUCCUUCACUAUGAGAAAGGAAUAACCAAGCUACCAGAGAAACGGGAACAUGACGAAUUGUGUGUGGGUGGAAUGGCAAGAAUGGCGAUAAGAGUGGGAGACAUCAGAAGAGGUGUUAACUAUGCUUCUAAAAGUCCCAGUAGACAGUUGAAGAAAGAGUGCGCCACUAUCCUGGAGUCAAUGAAGCAAUAUUCCGAAUCAGCAUUGCUAUUUGAAAAAGGACAAUACUGGGAAAAGGCGGCAGCUGUGUAUAUCAAAACUAAGAACUGGGCGAAGGUCGGUGAAUUGCUGGCUAAUGUAAGUUCUCCCAAGCUUCAUGCACAGUACGCUAAGGCCAAAGAGGCUGAUGGGAAAUACAAAGAGGCCGCUACAGCUUACGAAGCAGCCAAGGAUUACGACAGCGUCAUCAGAAUCUAUCUUGAUCACUUACAAAACCCCGAAGAAGCUGUGAGGAUUGUUAAGGAGACACAGUCUGUUGACGGAGCCAAGAUGGUGGCCAGGUUUGUAGUGUUUCAUAUUUCUGUUACUUUGUUCGUUUUAUUCAUUUAUACAUGCACUGGAAUGGACGAAGCCGAGGCACAAAGAGNGAAUCAGAAGCAGUAUUUUUUGGCGGGAAAAUUUUUCCUGAAGUCCGCACAAUAUGCUAAGGCCCUGAAACACUUCUUGAAAUGCCCUGUGGGAGAAGACGGGGAAUCUAUUGAGUUGGCCAUUGAGACGGUUGGUCAGGCUGCUGACGAGGUGCUGACACAUCAGUUGAUUGACUUUCUCAUGGGAGAGGCUGACGGGAUACCAAAGGAAGCGAAAUACCUGUUCCGUCUUUACAUGGCUUUGAAACAAUACCGUGAGGCCGCGCGCACCGCCAUCAUCAUUGCAAGAGAAGAUCAGAAUGCUGGGAACUACAGAAACGCUCAUGAUGUUUUGUUCAGCAUGUACAGAGAGCUGACUGAUCACAAGAUCAAGAUUCCCACGGAAAUGAUGCAGAAUCUGAUGAUCCUUCAUAGUUACAUUCUGGUUAAGCUGCACGUGAAGAGAGGUGACCACAUGAAGGGUGCCCGGAUGUUGAUCAGGGUCGCAAACAAUAUCAGCAAAUUUCCAGCACACGUUGUUCCCAUUCUAACGUCGACCGUUAUCGAGUGUCAUCGGUCAGGACUGAAGAACUCUUCAUUCAGUUACGCCGCAAUGCUAAUGAGGCCUGAAUACCGACAAAAGAUCGAUCUCAAGUACAAAAAGAAAAUUGAACAAAUUGUCAGGAAACCUGAUAAAACAGAAGAAGAAGAGGCUCAAGACCCGUGUCCUUACUGCAGUAAUGAAGUACCCCAGACUAAACUGGACUGUCCAGAGUGUAAAAAUACCAUACCAUAUUGUAUUAUUACGGGACGUCACAUGGUCAAGAACAACUGGACAAUGUGUCCGAACUGUUGUUUUCCAGCGCUACACUCGGAACUUAUGAGACUGUUGGAGACUGAUGAAACAGUUUGCCCAAUGUGUUCCCAAACUAUGGCAGCCACAGACGUGAAACUGAUAAAGGACCCCUCACAGUACUUGAAGAAAGCGGAUAAAGAUUAGUGUCAGAAAGCAAUUGUGCUUUAUCACAGCCUCUUCGUUUGAGGCUUCUUUAAUAUGUAAAUAGCCACAGAAGGCCAAGCUCGUUUGUAUCUACGCAUGAUGUAUCUCCUCCCCAGUUUUACCGCUCACAAGAGAACUGAGAACGAGAUUUACACGUAAUGGUAUAUGUUUGUGUUAUUUCAGUUUAUGUAGUAAUGCAAAUGGUGAGCUUUACUUGUUAAUAAAAUCACACGUUCAGUAAUA